UUUUUUUUUUGUUAUUCCGGCUUUCUCCACAUAAUAUCCCCCACAUCUUUGUUUUUUUUUUUCCAAGCUUUUUUUUUUUUAAAAAAUAAAGAUGAAAUGGUUCAAGACAACACAUGUCUUUAAUUAUGAAUGGAAUUUGGUAUCAGCAGCGCAAUGGCAAAAAUAUCCAAAUGAAAGUUGUCCUCAUGUAGCCCAUGUUGAUGUACUCAAUCGUACAAUAGAUCCCGAGACAGGCAUCUUGACUACUGAGCGACUUAUUACAGUGAAUCAAAAUAUACCCACUCUUAUCAAGAAGAUUCUUGGCUCUAGCUCUAUUCAAUAUGUAAGAGAGAUAUCCGUUAUUGAUCCCAAAAAAAAGACUUUUACUAUGCAUUCGAUAAACCUAACCUUAUGCCAUUUACUGACAUGUAAUGAAACAAUUAUAUAUCAAGAACAUACAGAAGAUAAUACAAAAACUAAAUUUUCACAAGAGGCAACUAUAUCAGCAGGAAGUGGAUUAAUGUCAGGAUGGUCUAAUGUUUUAGAAGAAUUUUCAAUAAGAAGAUUUAAACAAAAUGCAGAUGUAGGCCGUAUUGGGUUUAACAAAGUAUUAGAACGUUUUGUUGUGAUGGCCGAAGAAGCUCAACAAAAACAAAAGCAAAUAUAAAAAAUAAAUAAAAAAUAAAAAAAUUGUUUAAAAAAGUUACAAAAAAAAAAAAUAAAA